AUGGUGGGGUACCCCCAGGUGGAGCUGAUUGGAGCAGGACACAUCAGCAGAGGCUUGCAGUCCCUGGGGCAGAUUUGGGGCUCCGGGCGCGGGGAGGCCGAGACCCGGGAGUGCAUCUACUACAACGCCAACUGGGAGCUGGAGCGCACCAACCAGAGCGGCCUGGAGCGCUGCGAGGGCGAGCAGGACAAGCGGCUGCACUGCUACGCGUCCUGGCGCAACAGCUCGGGCACCAUCGAGCUCGUCAAGAAGGGCUGCUGGCUGGACGACUUCAACUGCUACGACAGGCAGGAGUGUGUGGCCACGGAGGAGAACCCCCAGGUGUACUUCUGCUGCUGUGAAGGCAACUUUUGCAACGAACGCUUCACCCAUUUGCCGGAGGCAGGGGGCCCUGAAGUCACGUAUGAGCCACCCCCGACAGCCCCCACCCUGCUCACGGUGCUGGCCUACUCUCUGCUGCCCAUUGGGGGCCUGUCCCUCAUCGUCCUGCUGGCCUUCUGGAUGUACCGGCAUCGCAAGCCCCCCUACGGCCACGUGGACGUCCACGAGGACCCCGGGCCCCCGCCGCCGUCCCCUCUGGUGGGCCUGAAGCCGCUGCAGCUGCUGGAGGUCAAGGCCCGGGGUCGCUUUGGCUGUGUCUGGAAGGCACAGUUAAUGAACGAUUUCGUGGCUGUCAAGAUCUUCCCGCUCCAGGACAAACAGUCCUGGCAGAGCGAGCGGGAGAUCUUCAGCACUCCGGGCAUGAAGCAUGAGAACCUGCUGCAGUUCAUCGCGGCUGAGAAGCGCGGCUCCAACCUGGAGGUGGAGCUCUGGCUCGUCACGGCCUUCCACGACAAGGGCUCCCUCACUGAUUACCUCAAGGGGAACAUCAUCACGUGGAAUGAACUGUGCCACGUGGCAGAGACGAUGUCUCGCGGGCUGUCGUACCUACACGAGGACGUGCCCUGGUGCCGCGGAGAAGGCCACAAGCCGUCGAUCGCCCACAGGGACUUUAAAAGCAAGAACGUGUUGCUGAAGAGCGACCUCACGGCCGUGCUGGCGGACUUUGGCUUGGCCGUUCGCUUUGAGCCAGGGAAACCUCCUGGGGAUACCCAUGGGCAGAUGGUGAGCGGUCAGGAGGCCAAGAACCUGGGUGGGGGCCGUGGAUGGGGAGCAGUCAGGACGUUGGGCACCCCGGGACCCGUGGACGAGUACAUGCUACCCUUCGAGGAAGAGAUUGGCCAGCACCCCUCACUGGAGGAGCUGCAGGAGGUGGUCGUGCACAAGAAGAUGCGGCCCACCAUCAAGGAUCACUGGCUGAAGCAUCCGGGCCUGGCCCAGCUCUGUGUGACCAUUGAGGAGUGCUGGGACCACGAUGCGGAGGCACGCCUGUCCGCCGGCUGCGUGGAGGAGCGGGUGUCCCUGAUCCGGAGGUCGGUCAACGGCACUACCUCGGACUGUCUCGUCUCCCUGGUGACGUCGGUCACCAACGUGGACCUGCCCCCGAAAGAGUCGAGCAUCUAA